GUCUUCUUGAUACAAGUAAGUUCGUCGACCCGAUCAAUACAAGAUUCCUGAUUCAGACGGUCCUGGUGAGCUCCUUGCCUUACCUAAACGCCUCCAUCGGAGGAGCAAUCCAGUCUCUUCAUCCAGAAAAUCUUCCAAAUACGCUGAGUGAACUGAAUAACAGUGAUUACCUAGAUGUGGUUGUCUCAGUCAUCAAAGGAAGUUCUAGUUUGGCAGACGGUGGUGGAAGAAACACCCUGUUAAAUUGUCUAAUGCAGGCCGAUAUUGAGGACAUUACGCUCCAGAUUGGUGCCUUGAUGGACGACCUUUUACAGGCGCUUGGCAUCAGCUUGUUACUAUCGCCACCGGCGGACAAUGCUUCCAUCUCGCAUUCACCGGCGGCCAAUUUGCUUUCACUCAUUGCCUUUGUAGUCUUUCGGAUUAGCAGCGGUCAUCCAGAAUGGAUGGAGGAAGAGACACAACGCAAUCGGUUGUUAUGUAGCUACCUCACCGGCACCUCAGGCUUGACCGAUACAGCAGGUAUGACUGAUAAGUGUCUGCCUGUAGAACUUCUGCAUUUAAUAACCGGCCUGUUGACUGAUCGAGCCGACUUCCUCCGCCACAUAUUUCCCUGGAGCGCCUGGUUCUUCCUUGAACUUUUGAUGAGGACUUAUAUUCAGGAGACAGUUCAAAGCAGAGCACUUAUCAUCGGAAGACAUGCAUUUCGUGAGGAUCUGCUUGUGCUGACCGCAAAAAUUGCGAAAUAUGUCUGCAGUCGACUAGAAGAAACGAUAACCGAUUCUGGUGGGGCAACGGUUGUCUGGGCGGACGCUCUUACGCAACCAGAUAUUCGCAGACAUCUUAGCAGUAGCCUGGCGAAUGAAAUAAGCCUGAAUAGGAGUUUUGCAUUCUUUCUGUGCGAUGCCUUCGGCUGUAUAAACACGGUCUUCCUUUAUCAGCAAAUAUCGACCUAUCUGGAUAUUAUGGACAAAAGGAUACAUCAUCUCUCGACUGUGGACAAGCAAGAAGACUCCGAUUUGAUAUCGCCAAAAGCGGCCAAUGAGCUUCGAUGUUUGGUGUUUCUAAAGCUCGAAUUCUUGCAAAUCGUCAGCUCCAACAGGGACUUUGUGACCCUUUCAUUGCCGGUUGAUAACCACCGAUUUUCCCAGUUGAAGACCAUAUCCGACGUGGAUUUCCUUCGGAGUAUUCCGCCGAACUACUCCAUCCUUCAAUUUCCGGUCUAUCGCACCGUCCAUUUUCUUCCCUAUUUAGUUCUGAGCGAAGUAUAUCGGUGUCUUGCAAGUCAUGAUGUCAAAAUACAGGAACAGUCCAUGGGCCUUCUGUGGUUCUGCAUUCGAAAUCUCGAGAACAAUCCGCACAACGUUCAUCUCUUUGACCGAUCCUUCGCCAGCGGCCUCCCCGACGCCACUCCACUCUAUCUGCCCCUGUUGGAAGUUGCCUGUGACUUAGCCCCAGGUCUACUGGCCUACUGGCUGCAGGGAGAUGAGAUGGACGGCAACGGGGGGCACAAACACGAGGGUGGAACAAGUUCUACGCUGCGACAGGCAGGAAGCGAACUUGCCAGUGAGGCGUCAGCAACGGAUGACCGAGAGCAACUCAGGCCGACGGGUUUCCAGACCCUCCGAAAACAGACUAACGCGCCGCAGGCCGCCGCCCUGGGGAGAGAAUCCUCCAGGACAAGACGACGGCUGUCCAGCUCUGAGCUCAGGGACGAGUGUGCAUCCAGUCCAGUCGGUACCAAUGCCAGCAUGCACUUCCAGUCCAUCCUACCGCACUUUUCCUUCUACUUCAAACGUGAGCCGAAUACGCAUCAAGAUUGGAGUCUGGACAGCAUCCAACGUCUUCUCCUUCUAGUGUUAUGGGUCCUUCACCAGUGUCGGGAUACCAUUUUGGCUGAGUGGAUGUUGCGGACUGGGAUGGAAAUGAUUGAAAGACUCAAUAGUUUGCUAAUAAUGGCCUUGCACUAUUUUGAAUACAAGGUGCCCAUUGUCAACAUUGAUACGCAAAUGCCGUCUCCUCGAUUACCUAAUCUGCCCUUUCUGAAGGCUACUUUUAGUAACCAGCGUUUACUUCCCGAAUUUACUCCAGCGCCUAUCAAAUGUACCAAGUCCCCGGGAACUUCGAUGACCCAGACGCCAUCCUCCUCCGUUCGCGGCAUAAUUUUGGAGCCACCAUCGUGGCAAUCGUCACAUCUACACAAGUCCUGCGUUGAAAACAGAAAACUGCUGGCCAAAACAGUUGUGUCCAUCGUCUGCAACACGCUGGAACUCAUAACUGUCAUCUUUCUUGUCUAUAAAUUCUACUUUGAUGCAGGUAUUGUGAUCAUUGUUCACCUCCUCCUGUUCUCAAAGUUAGCUUUUGAUGGCUUUUGCCGUUUCCGCUGGUUCAGUGUACUGGCCCAUCGUUUUCCGAAGUUCUUCUUCGAUGAGUACCACGCACUCACGUUCUCAGUUUGUUACGUCCUCCUCCCAUUCUGCUCUUCUCCUCUGCCGAAAAUCCGCGCCAUGGUUACAGCCGUAUUUUAUCAGAUGUUCAGGCAGUGUUACCUACUACACAAGCACCUGUUCUUCUUGAGCUGCGAAAUGACUCUGGGCAUUCAACUGCACCUUUACGGCGACUUUCAAAUCCUCGAUGAUAUUAGAACGUGGCUGAAGAAUGUCGAUGACGAAAUGGAGGGACUGCAGAAGCGCAAACACCUGACAGGAAAGGGAAUUUGUGCAAAUGAUCCGUGGAGCAUACGGAGCAUCGAAACUGUGCCAAUGGUCAUAAUGGUCUCGUUUUAUCACUUGCUGGAACAGCGUGCAGCUCCACAAGGCCGCUACCUACAGGCCGCGUUUAAUUCCCUAAAAGCCUAUGCCAAAUCGGACAUGGCGGUUGACAUUGAGCAGCGUCAAUUGGAAGGCCUUCAGGCGCACCAAAGGCAUAUUUUCCGCUCUCCUUGCACUAGCGGAUUGCAGUACGUCGUACUCACUUCCCAGUUUCACGCCACCGGGGGAUUCUACGCACAGUUGUCGGUUUCUAUUGAGAUCUGGAUGGAGAUUGUCGCUUGCUUACAACACCUGCAGCGAUUUCUAACCCCAAACAGUGUGGCUACAGCAACUGAGCGAGAGCAUACCUUAAAUUUAACUGACAUCAUCCUUCGAAUGGCCACAGCUAGUCGGCUGGUUCCUGAGCUUCGCCAGAACUGGUUACUUCGACUGGCAGAAAUAAAUCUUCUUGUAAGCGGUGCGAGCACGAUCGCGGAUCAAGUAAUGAGCGCCAACCUCCUGGAGGAGUGCUCUGUCGAAGCGGCCAUUGGUCUGCCUACUGUACCGCCCUGUUCGCGAUUUUUUCUUCGCAGCAGCAUGAGUGGUCUAGAUGGCGAUGAGAGGUCUUGGGACAGUCAGCAAUCUCUUUCCUGUCUCAUUGGCCAGUUGCAGGAAUUGGUAGAGAAGACGGUUGACUGUCUGAUGGCCGCAGAUCAGUUUGAGAUUGUGACAUUGCUAUGCCACUGGUUGAUGCCCAUUCUCGCUUCAUUGGGACAUCACCAGCGACUGGCGAAGAUCCAUGAGCUGGUUGGUGCUACACACACAGCUGCGACAGCCUCUGCGCUCUACAUUCAAAUAACCUAUGUCGAACCAUAUUACUCUCAGUCGGAGGCUCGCCAAAAAGCAACCAUCUUCGGGCGAAACUACGGCAUUAGUAAGCUAUAUGUGUUUCAACAUUGA